UGGUCGACAGCAGCAGGAACACGAACAGGAAGCGGACAGUGCCGAAACCUUUCUCCAAGCUGCCACCGAGAAGCACCAGGGUUGUAACGCUCAGGAGAAGCUGAGCCAAGUCUUUGUGGUAAAGAGGGUUUCGCUGUUAGUCGGCAUCGUGUCUCUCCCGGUGUCUCUCCCGGGAAGCGCGAGGCCGAGUCGUGCGAUGAUGGAGGACUUUGAUGAGAUCUACGAAGAGGAGGAGGAGGAAGAGGAGGACGAGGACAGGGCCGCGGAGGAGCAGCUCCUCAAGUACGCUCCGGACCCGGUGGUGGUGCGAGGGUCCGGCCACGUCACUGUGUUUGGGCUAAGUAACAAAUUCGAGUCAGAAUUUCCAUCAGCACUUACAGGAAAGGUGGCACCAGAGGAAUUCAAAGCUAGUAUCAACAGAGUAAACAGCUGCCUGAGAAAGACGCUUCCAGUGAAUGUGCGGUGGCUCCUGUGUGGCUGCCUCUGCUGCUGCUGCACACUGGGCUUCAGUUUGUGGCCUGUCAUCUGCCUCAGCAAGAGGACAAGAAGAUCUAUAGAGAAACUUCUGGAGUGGGAAAACAGCAGACUUUACCACAAGUUGUGUUUGCAUUGGAGACUAAGCAAAAGGAAGUGUGAAACCAACAACAUGAUGGAAUAUGUAAUCCUAAUAGAGUUCUUACCUAAGAUCCCCAUCUUCAGACCGGACUAGCCUGACUGCGGCUGAGCUUAAACCUCCACUGCUGCACCACAAUGGCUGUCAAGCUCCUGAAUAAACUACCCUUCCCCAAAUACUCCCACUAUUUUUGUUUACAGGGUAGCAUCGAUCCUCCCACGUUCUCCAACACAUACGUUCUUUACACCCUUGUUUACAAAUCCAGCAAAUAGACACUCACAUGAUCUUGGAGUGAACUCACCAUUGAACCAUGACUUUCCGGGCGUGUUGGCACACUGUCAAGCCGCACUAACCGGCAGCACCAGCCUGUGGGAUGUCAGGGGAGAACCAGCCAUUUGCAGCAUUAUGGAUUUUGGACCUAGAGCUGGAGACUGGACUCUCAAAUUGAAUUCUGUGAGCUACAACUGGAAUUUUGUCACUUGUAUGUUCCCUAACCGAAGCACAUGGCACAGUCAGACCAUGAUAAAAAAGAACAAAAAAAAAAAAAACCUUCUUCACACGUUACCUUCCAUCACCCCGCCAACUUCACCUGCAAAAUAAAAAAAAAAUAAAAUACACCCCAGUGCUUUUGCAACAGUUGGUUUGGUGCUCUAGGUUGUUACGGGAGACCGAUGAGACACCAUAACAUGGAACUCCAAAGGAACCUUCAUCCAAAUCAAGUCUGCAGCGGGCAGACAAGUCUUACAGGAAGAUGUUGUGGCCAGUAGCCAGAACAGCGGAACUCAAUAAUAUCACUCUUCUUUUCAACUACAAGGCAUCCGUAACCCCUCGCCUCCUUUCAUAUCUCUGCACACUUUACUGUGCAGCACCCUAACCCAGUGACAAUCACACACUCGUGACUGCACUCUCCAUAGUAUGAAUGGGUCUUAACGCCACAGUUUACCUGGAACAGUUUGUUUUCAACGUUGUGUGCCCAGGGGAUGGGCUUCUUGCCGAGCAACUGCAUCUGAGUUGCAGUGGAACAAGUAACCUGGCCGCUGGUAAUGAAGAGAAAAAAAAACUCCCCCCCCCCUUUUUAUUUUUUUUAAGAAAAUACCACACAUUUUGUUAACUGUUUUGGUGAAGGAGAGGCUGGUAAAGCUGUUCACUGUUUUGUGUGUGAGUGUGUCUGAGAGAGAGAGAGAAAACCAAGCAAAAAAAGAGACAAAUCAGACAUGAAGAGAUACUCUUUACUCUGUAAAGCAGGGUUCUUUUGUUUGAUGCUUUUUCUUUUUGCCAUUACCGAUCUUUCAUACUUUUGCUGUAGUUAUUUAUAAAAGCAAGAGUGCACAUGUCAGUUGUUGUUAGGGUUUUUUUUUGCAAAGGUAUGCCAUGGUUAUUUAGUGUUUUUGUCUUUGUGGUCAUGUGUCAACACUAAAGCACACAAUGGCUGUGUCCUUCACACGGUCACAUGGCCCCUCUUCCUUAUCUGCUGACAUUGGCUGUUCAAGUUAAGGAUGUGGCUCUUAUGAGAGGGUUCCUCUGUUUUCACUAUAAUCUGACUCUUUGCAUUCAUUACUCUGGGGUGACAGAGAGUCUUCUUUACAAGGGAACUGUUAGCUGAUACUGGGGUUCUGUAUCAUGAAGCAGGAUUACUGGAGUUAGUUUGAUACCUGUGCUGAGUAAAAAAAUGCUGGCCGACUUAAAGGUGCAAUAUGUAAGAAUUGGCCACAUGUCGAAGAAGGGUCUCUCCAAACAGCAUAUCUGUAGAGUAACCGGUAACUAGUUACCUCAGUCAAAGACAGAGGUAUCUACUUAAGUCAGCAUGCUAACCAGCUAGCUCAAACCUGUCCUGCUGUACAUUUGUGAAAAUGACUUUAAAUCCCAAUUCUUACAUAAUGCAGUGUUAAAGUUGCACUAAACAAUUAAGUUGUAAUGUUAAAGGGGAAAAUGAUGAUGCAGCCAUGCAGUUCUAGCCAUUUUAGUGUCUUUCAGCACACUUGUUUUGGUUGUGUUGCCUGUAGUUUUCAAUUCUGGAUUUGCAUGAAUCGGGGGUCCCAAAAGCAUGACUCCAAAUGAACAAUGAACUGAACAAUGAAAUGAACAAUAGCGUUGCUCUGUGUGUGUAAAUGGGCAACUGUUUGCUGCCAAGUUUGCCAUUAUCAACUUAAAGCUGCUGUAAUGGUCGUCCUCGUUUUAGCUAACUUCCUGUCUGUUUUGCAGUUAGUAAUCCCCUCCCUCUGCUCAACGUCCCCACUUGAAGGCACAACGACAUAGCAGCAAACAGGAGGAUCCUAUGGCGCUCUCUGUCCUGAUUGGAUACAGCGAGAGGGGAGACGGAAAGAAAAUCUUUCCUGUUUCACUGCUUGAGCAGGGGGAGGAAAGACGUGGGUUACCGACCAAACACGCUGUAACUGUGAUUGGUGUCGGAAUAUAUAGCUAUUUUACAAUUAUUUUAAUGGGAAUUUAUCACUUACUGCAGCUUUAAGGUGAUAAUGUGUCAAUUAAUGCAAGUUUAGACAAAACACCUGUUCCCAAGGCUCUGUUUAGAUCAGUUAUCAAGCCAGCUAACAAUCCUGCUUCUUGAUGAAGGCCCAUGACUAUUUUAUUAUUUUAUUUUUUUAACUGUCCACAUGUUAUAAAUCACAUUACAAAGCACAUCUCAGUUUAAUUAAACACAUGGCCCUUUGCUAGCAAGUAGAAGAACAGGCAGAACAGAAGAAGAUCUUUUUUGAAUUUGGCAUAGAUUCAGUUUUUCCCUCUCAGCUCACAUCUUGAUUAAUAAAAACAUCCAGAUACUGAGACUGAGAGAGAAUGGAUCCUCUUGGUUUGAGGUCACUCAGCUCUUAGUGAUUGUAUGGCUCACACUCAGGGGAUUAUACUAGAUAAACAACAAAAUGUAGCAUCAACAAAUUCAGCGUCCACCAGGGUCAAGCAUACCAUACAGUUGACACAUUACUUGAAUAACUGUAAAAGGAUGCAUUUGGCGUUUUGUUUUCAAAUUGACAAAUGUCCCAAGGAAAAAUUCAGCUGACCUUUCUGAGGUCUUCCUACUUGGAUAGUAAAUGAUGCACAUAUUCCACAGACCCACAAAGCUCAGAUGUUGUGUUGGUUUAUAUGUUAAAACACCCAAAUCCACUUGAUUACCACUGGGUUGCCUAUCGGUUCAUCAGUCAUUUUUCUAUAUAUU